UCUCGGUCUCCUUGGUUUCCACAUCUUUUCAUUAUGCUUGACUUGGCUUUUUCUACCUAAUUUUUGCUCACUGACUAAUAUGUACUUCUAUUACGUUUGGCUACCAUCUUGCUAUCAAAUUUAUUUCUUUUGACGUGCUUUGACAGAUUGAAUAUUAGAGAGACCUAUUUUUAUAACUUUCAAUUUUACUAUGACUUUUCUAUGGACAUCUUUAAUUUUUUUAUUUUUAUCUUUUGACGGAUUCAUCGAGGGAAUCAAAAACCCAGACGCCUUCUCUCUCUGAUUUUAUUUACAGCACAUUAAGACUUGAUAUCGAGUGUAAUGCACGGAAUUACACGAAACUGUACGAAGUGACACGAACGAUAACAUAUCUUUAUCUAUAACACGAAAGAGAGAAAGAGACGAACGCUUCUGCAGCUCAGGAUUUCAUUUCACACAUUCAGCUAGUCGUUCGUGAGUAAUCGUACGACGUGGAUCUUCGUCUGAGAUUUUUAGUGCGAAUUUCCGCAUUUAUCAAGCGUUCCCGUAGAUGUGGAUGAAAUAUAUUGCACAGCAUUUUGUUCAGUUGAGAACACGAAUUCAGAAUAAAUUCUGCAAUUUACGCGUGAAAAACUAUACACAUCAAUCAGCCAUGACUACUGUUAAUAACGAUCCAUAUUUGAGACAUUUAUUCGAUGGUGAGACGGUGUUUAAUGUCUAUGACAAAGAAAUUACGAACUUGUCCGUAGGGGCACCUGGCCCUGAUUUAUUAAAACACUGUGUAGAAAUGUUAAAUCAAUGCACACGGCACAGAUUGGAAGAAGAAGCAAAAGAAGGAAAAUAUUAUCUUUUUCAAUACGGUGCAACAGCAGGUCAUUGGGAAUGUCGCAAUGAAUUAGCCAAAUUUUUAAGCACACGAUACGGUAACUCCGUAAUGAGAGAAAACCUGCUAUUGACGUGUGGAGCAUCGCAUGGUCUUCAACAAUUGUUGAAUAACAUACUUUCACCAAACGGCGUUAUCUUCGUAGAGGAAGUUACAUACAUGCUUGCUUUGGAAGUUUUUAAGCAAUUUCCCCUGAUAAGGGUAGUUACAGUGCCAAUGAAGGAUGAUGUAGUAGAUGUGGAUGCGCUCGAAAAGAUAGUGGCUGAAGAGAAGACGAAAGGCAACUAUUUUCUGAAUGAUCAGAAAAUGUUCUGGGCGAUGUAUUAUACGAUAUCAAUUUUUCACAAUCCAACUGGAAUGACACUGCCGCCUGAUCAGUGCAAGCGUGUAGUAGAGAUCGCACGAAACAAUUCCAUAGUGGUAGUGUGCGACGAUGUGUACAGUUUACUUUAUUAUGGAGACGGAUAUCCGCCACGACGCUUAUUUUCUUAUGACAAUCCAGAAGAUAAAAAUUAUAAAGGAGGAAACGUUGUAUCAAACUCUUCGUUUUCUAAAGUCUUUGCGCCAGCGAUGCGUUUUGGAUGGAUCGAAUCAAGUCCACGUGUUAUCAACACUAUAAAAACAUCAGGCACAUUUUGUAGCGGUGGUGGAGUUAAUCAUUACAUCUCCGGAUUAAUGGCGAGUGUACUUCAUGAAAAAGUUGAAGAGAAGUAUCUUAAUACGAUUUUAAAAAUCUAUAGGGAACGAUUAGAUGUGUUUUGUGCAACUUUGGAUCGAUUUUUGCCCAAGUGUUGUUCAUAUCGACGACCAAAAGGUGGUUACUUCGUUUGGCUCCAUCUUCCUUCGAAUAUAGACGGUACUGAAUUUGUCAAAUGGUGCCAAAAGGAAUACAAAGUAACAGCCAUACCGGGUGCUCGAUUCUCGCAUACGGGUGAAGCGAAAAAUUUCUUGCGAACAAGCAUAGCCUUUCAUAACAAAGAAAUUUUGGAAACUGCAACACAAACUUUAUGCACUGCACUUUCAACGUAUAUCGAGCGUCAAGAUCACAAAAACAAUAAUGCAAGUACCAGUGAUUUAAAAUCAUGAGCAUAUCGAUCAAUUUUUUAUCAAAUUUAAGAUAUAAUUAUCUAAUUUAGAUAUUAUUCUUAAAAUAAAUAAUAUGCACAAGAUUGAAAAGAAAUAUAUAUGUAGA